UUUAAAUACUAUUUUGAGUUUAUUUUCCAUCUCAUCGACUGUCAGUGUAAUGACAUCCUUCAACACAUUGGCCCCUAAUUUAACCCUAUUAUCCCAUACGACACUCAAAGAUACAAUUGAUAUUAUGGCUAAUUCUAGUCUACAUCUCAAGUGCACCGGUAAUAAACCCAUGUACUGGCAGUUUCCCAAUAAUAAUCCGCAGUACGACCCGGUGUCAAAAGUGGCACAAAUCCGCAGCAAAUGUGAUGACAACAGUGUACAUAAUAAAUGUGUUACCGAUGUUGUCAUAUCCGAAGUUACCUAUGAAAUGACCGGUUAUUUUACGUGUCUAUACAAUGAAUCGACACAAUUGUCGGACUCUAUCUAUGUUUUUGUAAACGAUCCCGAAUAUCUCAUAGUGCCUUACGAAGGAAACUAUGAUUUUAUGUUUAUUGCGGUAUUUCAAUCACAACCGGCUACCAUUCCCUGUAAACCAACCAAUUCCAGGGCUAAAGUGUCCCUUUGGAAAGUUCACACUAAUUCCGGUAUUCCUCAAGAGAUACAAGUGAACAGUACUUUAGGUAUUACAUACAAUCAGAAAAAAGGCUAUCAUUUUGAAUACCCGCGUUGGGACGGGGAGACCAGUCUACUUGAGUGUAAAGUAGAGUUAGACACCAUCGAAAUGAUCUCACAGAUCAGUAUUCAUUGGUCAAUAUUACCGGUUGAAUUGCAUCCUUUAAUCGAUGACAGUCGCGCUAAAAAUGUGUUCACAAACAGUACUUUUACAUUGAAAUGUUUCGUUCACAUUGAACUGGGAGUUAUCAUUGUUAUUACAUGGGACGUACCCAAUAAAAAUAGUUUGGGACGAAUAGCUGAAUCUUUAGCUGAAACACAACGAAUUGAGGUAAAUGGCAACAGUUAUGAUACAGUCUCUAAAAACAUCACAAUAUCUGAUGUCCAAAUUGAAGAUGAAGGGGUCUAUCAUUGCAAUGUCACUGAUGGAAAUGGAAGAGUAUUUAGCGCUUCCAAAAAAAUAACAGUUUAUGAGAAUGGUUUGCCUCCAUCUUAUUUUAACUUUUCAAUGGACAUCGAUAAUGAAAAACCAUUGAUCAGUAAAGUGGGAGAAAUGGUUAGGUUUGUGGUCGAUGUCCUAUCUUUUCCUGAUUUUGAAUCCGUUCAUCUCUUUUGGUAUAAAAAUAAUAUGUUAAUUGAGAAAACACAUAAACAUUAUGAAACUGGUGUUUCAUCAAAUGGACAAUAUUCACAAACAUAUCUUGAAAUAAAAACCAUUGAACUCGAGGACAGUGGCACUUAUAUAUUGAUGGGAAAUACCAGUGAUAUGACAACCAAUAUAACAAUGACAUUAUUAGUAAGUGGUUCACCAGCUAUUAAAAUGUUAAACUCAUUGGAGUUUUACGAGAUUAACAAAGCUUAUGAAUUGGAGUGUCUGGCUAUUGGUUAUCCAAAAGCUCUAGUUUGGUGGAAAUGGUUUACCUGUUUGUCACCGGAUAACUGUUCUCCAAGUGAUGAUGAGCACCAAUGGAUUGCUGUUAAUAACUUUACCAACAAUAGUCUACUAAUGAAUAGUGAACUAUUGAUUGCACCAAAUAUUAGUUCAUUAUAUUUGAGUCCAUUGAGUCUUCAAGUAAUAGCCAACCAAACGGGAGGUUAUCGGUGUUAUGCCAGUAAUGAUAACAUAACUAUAAUACAAAAUCAAAUAUCUUUUAUAGUUACAGAUGCUAUCAAUGGUUUUUCAAUCCAAUCGUCGACCGAUGAGCCGACGGUCAGGGAAGAUAUAACACUGACCUGUAAAGCAAGUGUUUAUAAUUAUACAAAACUCAAUUGGAUUAGAAGACCAUUGAAUUAUAAAAUUAUAGACACGAAUGAUAUAGAUGUGGUCCAUAAUAUAAGUGGUCUUAUUUAUAGUUCACUGAUUGAUGAAUACUCUAUAACAUUGUCGAUACAAAUAAAAUUGGCACAAAUCAAUGAUUCUGGAGUUUAUGUCUGUGAAGCCAUUACACGGGACACACAUACCAAACAUGAAAUUGAGUUCAAACUUGAUAUUCAAAAUGUUUCAGCACCGGUACUGAUUGAGUCUAACUUGAAGGACAAUAUGAUUGAAAAAACACCUUAUACUCAAUUUGAGUUGCGAUGUAUGGUCAGAGGUAGACCCAAACCGAUCGUCAAUUGGUAUCGCAAUAAGAAACCAUUUAUUGUCAGUGAAAAUACCGGAAUAAUAUUAGAGGACAGAAAUCAGAGACUUAUAUUUACCAGAAUAUUAGACAAAGAUUCCGGUCUUUAUGAAUGUGAGGCCCAUAAUAGCGGUGGUUCUGUCAAAAGAUCUGCAAGACUUAAAGUGGACAGUCUUGAGGAAACUAACACUGGAGUUAGUACUGAAGAAAUUAUUGUUUUUGUUUUAUUUGUUUUGGUCGGAACUGUUAUGAUAUUUAUGGCCAUAUAUAUCGGUAAAAAAAUUAGACAAGAAAGGAAAGCAAAGAGAGAAAUGGAUUUUUUGUCACAUAAUUUAUUUGAGACAGGUCAAAUUGAAAUGUAUAAUCCGGAUCUACCUCUUGAUGAACAAAUUGAAUUACUUCCAUACGAUCCAAGAUAUGAGUUUCCGAAAGAGCGACUAAAACUAGGUCGUACUCUAGGACAGGGAGCUUUUGGUCGAGUAGUUAAAGCAGAAGCUAUUGGUCUUGAAGAUAGUGAAACAUCAUCAACAGUUGCCGUCAAAAUGCUUAAAGAAAGGGCUGAUAUAAAUCAGAGGAAAGCAUUGAUGGCUGAGCUUAAGAUUUUGAUACAUUUGGGUCGGCAUUUAAAUAUAGUAAAUCUUUUGGGUGCGGUCACCAAAAAUUUAGUUAAGGGUGAACUACUGGUUAUUGUCGAGUAUUGCAAAUAUGGAAAUUUACGGCACUAUCUGUUGGCAUAUCGCGACUCAUUUGUAAAUCAAUUAAAUCCAAAGACCGAUUUGAUUGAUCCGUCCAUAAAGACAGUACAAGAUAUUAAAAAACACAAUAGUUGUUAUCAAAACAGUCAAAAUGGCAAAACCAUUGUCUAUGAGAAUGUAUUCGCUGCCAAUGGUAUAGCAAAUCCCAAUUAUACCACUUCUCAAAUCACUUGUAUUAUUAAUCCGAAGAAAGAGUCCGUUCGUUACGCAGAUAUAAUGCAUAACCAACAGACCGGUAGUUAUACUAAUGGUUACAUUACAUCUGUUUCAAGCAGUAAUCAAGAGACUGGUCACGACUCGAGUUCGGCUAAUGGCUCGAGUGGUGGCUAUCGGGGAGAGUCUAUACAUAAAAGAAAUAAAGAUAAAAUUGUCACCACUUGUGAUCUCUUAUGCUAUGCUUUUCAAUGUGCGCGAGGAAUGCAGUAUUUGGCGCACAGAAAACUAAUUCAUAGAGAUCUGGCUGCAAGAAAUGUAUUGCUAGCUGAAGACAAUAUCGUCAAAAUCUGUGAUUUCGGUUUAGCCAAAGAUGUCUAUAAAUAUGAUAAUUAUGUCAAGAAAAAUGAUGGACCACUUCCUAUAAAAUGGAUGGCUAUUGAGUCCAUUAGAGAUAAAGUGUUUACUUCGAAAAGUGAUGUUUGGUCAUUUGGUAUACUAUUAUACGAAUUUUUCACAUUAGGUGGUAAUCCUUAUCCGGGUAUAGAAAUUGAUGAAGAAUUCUAUAAAAGAUUGAAAUCCGGUUAUAGAAUGGAAAAACCAGAUUUUGCACCAAAAGAAAUUUAUGAACUGAUGACUCACUGCUGGAGCGCUGAACCAAAAGAAAGACCUGAUUUCAUGGAAAUCGCAGACUUUAUUGGAGCACUUCUUGAGUCUAAUGUCAGACAACAUUACUUAGAUCUUAACGAUCCGUAUCAAAAAAUUAAUGAACAAAUACUUAAUAACAACGAUUAUCUACGGAUGUCUUCAAUGAACUCUUCGUCACGAAAUGAGAUUAACAACGAUUAUCUUAAUAUGAAGUUCAACGAAACGGAUGAAACGGAUAAUAAAUCGGAACCAAUGAGUCAUUACGACAAUUUGGGACACAUCCGGCCCGUCGACAACAACAGUCCCAUCCCUUUUGUACCCAUGGAAGUGGUGCCUAUGAUACAGUUAGACUCAUUUGGACAACGAUAUGAUGAACAAAAUAGAUGGUUGACGUGUGAGUCUCAUAAUAGUGACUAUCUAUCGAUGGAGAACUGUAUGGCCGUUAAAAACGGGAACUACAGUCAAGCUAUACAACAUUAUACAAAUGACUCGUCCGAUGCUUGUAUUCCUCCCCCGCCAUACAGUCACGUCACGUGAAUACC